ACGAAGCCAUAGUUGAAAAAAAAAUUAUGUCAAUUUAUCAGUUUGACUCGACUGUCAACAGUCAAUCAAAUAUCAAUUCCCUUCUGUAAACUGUCAUUGCUCAUUUGUUAUUAGCAUUUUCCGAUAUUACUUACCGGCUAAGUAUCGUGUCACGUGUAUUAUCAGUAAUACAACUUCAAAGGAAUUAAAUACCGUGAAUCGGUUACAAGAAUAAAACAACUCCUAGCGAUACAAGAUGUCUGAAAAACAUUUGCAAACUGGUGAUGUCCUUCCACCGUACAGCGGCAAACUUCGUUUGUUCGCAAUGAGGUUUUGCCCGUACGCCGAAAGAUCAGUACUUGUUCUUAAUGCUAAAAACCUGCAAUAUGACUUGGUGUUCAUCAAUUUGGACCACAAACCCGAGUGGAUUUUCAACUUCAGCCCUAAAGGAACUGUUCCGGCACUUGAAUAUGAACCGGGCAAGGCUAUAUUUGACAGCAAUAUAAUAAAUUUUUAUCUGGAUGAGAAGUACCCCGAUGUGGCUCUGCAGUCAUCAGACCCACUGCGCAGGGCUCAGGACAAAAUGUUCAUUGAAACAUUUGCAGGGGCACAGUCUGCAUACUAUACGGCUGCAUUUAAUCCUCAAGCCCUCCAGCCUUCAUCAGUAGAGACUUACCAUAAAGGACUAGAAAACCUUCAGAAAGAAUUGGAGAUUAGAGGCACUACAUUCUUACAUGGUGAUGAGCCAGGCUGGGUGGAUUACACACUCUGGCCAUUCUUGGAACGGUUUGAAGCUUUGCCACUAAUUGGCAAAGUUGAAUUUGCCAUUGACAAGACUAAAUAUGAGAGAUUGGUAACUUACAUGGAUGCCAUGAAAAAUGUACCAGCUGUGAAGUCUUAUUACCUAUCUGCAGAGACACACGCUAAAUUUAUCGAGUCUCAUGGUAAGGGAGACGCCAACUACAACAUGCUUGACACAAGUGCUGUCUGCUGCAUGCGCCCAAGAAAGAAGAAGGAGUAAACUUUACUUAUGGUUCUAUUAUUCGAUUUCGAAAUUGUGCAAAUUGUAUAAAAAAUACAUGUGUCAAGUACACU